AUGAAUCUACAGUCUCAGUUCUGGGACAGAGUUUCACGACGAGGCUUUGUUCUGUCUGAGGAGAGUACACACCCACAGCAGAGAGUACACACCCACAGCAGAGAGAACACACCCACAGCAGAGAGUACACACCCACAGCAGAGAGAACACACCCACAGCAGAGAGUACACACCCACAGCAGAGAGUACACACCCGCAGCAGAGAGUACACACCCGCAGCAGAGAGUACACACCCGCAGCAGAGAGUACACACCCGCAGCAGAGAGUACACACCCACAGCAGAGAGUACACACCCGCAGCAGAGAGUACACACCCGCAGCAGAGAGUACACACCCACAGCAGAGAGUACACACCCACAGCAGAGAGAACACACCCACAGCAGAGAGUACACACCCGCAGCAGAGAGUACACACCCACAGCAGAGAGUACACACCCACAGCAGAGAGAACACACCCACAGCAGAGAGUACACACCCACAGCAGAGAGAACACACCCACAGCAGAGAGUACACACCCGCAGCAGAGAGUACACACCCGCAGCAGAGAGUACACACCCCAGCAGAGAGAACACACCCACAGCAGAGAGUACACACCCACAGCAGAGAGUACACACCCGCAGCAGAGAGUACACACCCGCAGCAGAGAGUACACACCCGCAGCAGAGAGUACACACCCGCAGCAGAGAGUACACACCCACAGCAGAGAGUACACACCCGCAGCAGAGAGUACCCGCAGUACACACCCGCAGCAGAGAGUACACACCCACAGCAGAGAGUACACACCCACAGCAGAGAGAACACACCCACAGCAGAGAGUACACACCCGCAGCAGAGAGUACACACCCACAGCAGAGAGUACAGACCCACAGCAGAGAGAACACACCCACAGCAGAGAGUACACACCCACAGCAGAGAGAACACACCCACAGCAGAGAGUACACACCCGCAGCAGAGAGUACACACCCGCAGCAGAGAGUACACACCCGCAGCAGAGAGUACACACCCACAGCAGAGAGUACACACCCACAGCAGAGAGAACACACCCACAGCAGAGAGUACACACCCACAGCAGAGAGUACACACCCACAGCAGAGAGUACACACCCGCAGCAGAGAGUACACACCCACAGCAGAGAGAACACACCCACAGCAGAGAGAACACACCCACAGCAGAGAGUACACACCCACAGCAGAGAACCUGAGACUGUGUGGGGACAUGAGACUGUGUGGGGACAUGAGACUGUGUGGGGACAUGAGACUGUGUGGGGACAUGAGACUGUGUGGGGACCUGAGACUGUGUGGGGACAUGAGACUGUGUGGGGACAUGAGACUGUGUGGGGACCUGAGACUGUGUGGGGACAUGAGACUGUGUGGGGACCUGAGACUGUGUGGGGACAUGAGACUGUGUGGGGACCUGAGACUGUACUGUGUGGGGGACAUGAGACUGUGUGGGGACCUGAGACUGUGUGGGGACAUGAGACUGUGUGGGGACAUGAGACUGUGUGGGGACAUGAGACUGUGUGGGGACAUGAGACUGUGUGGGGACAUGGGACUGUGUGGGGACAUGGGACUGUGUGGGGACAUGAGACUGUGUGGGGACAUGAGACUGUGUGGGGACAUGAGACUGUGUGGGGACAUGAGACUGUGUGGGGACAUGAGACUGUGUGGGGACCUGAGACUGUGUGGGGACAUGAGACUGUGUGGGGACCUGAGACUGUGUGGAGACAUGAGACUGUGUGGGGACAUGAGACUGUGUGGGGACAUGAGACUGUGUGGGGACAUGAGACUGUGUGGGGACCUGAGACUGUGUGGGGACAUGGGACUGUGUGGGGACAUGAUACUGUGUGGGGACAUGAGACUGUGUGGGGACAUGAGACUGUGUGGGGACAUGAGACUGUGUGGGGACCUGAGACUGUGUGGGGACAUGAUACUGUGUGGGGACAUGAGACUGUGUGGGGUCCUGAGACUGUGUGGGGACAUGAGACUGUGUGGGGACCUGAGACUGUAUGGGGACCUGAGACUGUGUGGGGACAUGAGACUGUGUGGGGACCUGAGACUGUGUGGGGACCUGAGACUGUGUGGGGACAUGAGACUGUGUGGGGACAUGAGACUGUGUGGGGACCUGAGACUGUGUGGGGACAUGAGACUGUGUGGGGACAUGAGACUGUGUGGGGACAUGAGACUGUGUGGGGACAUGAGACUGUGUGGGGACCUGAGACUGUGUGGGGACAUGAGACUGUGUGGGGACAUGAGACUGUGUGGGGACAUGAGACUGUGUGGGGACCUGAGACUGUGUGGGGACCUGAGACUGUGUGGGGACAUGAGACUGUGUGGGGACAUGGCUGUGGACGGAGCAACAAACUGUAUUGGUCCAAUUUCUUCACUGCCAAAACCAUGGUCUUCACGAGUUAUGAACAUAUUUGUCAGAGACUGA